CUUAACGCCCAUCAUAGAUCAACGCAUCAGUGUUUUCUCCCGUACAAUCCCAGAACCACACUCGCUCCUCUCUUCUCUCCUCCCUCUCGAUUCUCAGUCACAACGUGAUCGACACGCAAUACAAUCCCUCAUCAGCAAUAAGAAAGGAACAUCGCAGUCCAGCUGGCUGUGUGUUGAGAGAGAUCAUGGGGAGGGGAAGAGUACAGUUGAAGAGGAUCGAGAACAAGAUCAACAGGCAAGUGACUUUCUCGAAGAGAAGGUCUGGUUUGCAGAAGAAAGCCCACGAGAUCUCUGUCCUUUGCGAUGCCGAGGUUGCUCUCAUCGUCUUCUCCACCAAGGGCAAGCUCUCUCACUACUCCAGCGACCCCUGCAUGGAAAAAAUUCUUGAACGCUAUGAGAGGUAUUCAUAUGCAGAAAAGCAGCUAGUUGCACCUGAUCGUUCACCAACUGAAAACUGGACUUUAGAGCACGCAAAGCUUAAGGCUAGGAUGGAGGUCCUGCAAAGAAAUCUAAAGCAUUAUAAGGGAGAAGAUCUGGAAGGCCUGAGUCUCAAGGAGCUCCAGAAUGUGGAGCAUCAGCUAGAUAAUGCUCUCAAACAUAUCAGAACACGCAAGAACCAACUCAUGUAUGAAUCAAUUUCAGAGUACCAGAAAAAGGAUAAGAAACUCCAGGAACAAAACAACUUGCUGGCUAAGAAGAUAAAGGAGAAAGAGAAGGCCAUGUUGGAACAGGCACGUGAGGAAAAGGACGAUCACGAGCACAAUGAUAUCCUCGUACCCUCAAACAUUGGAGGAUCCCUAGAAGCAAGUGGUGGUGGAGGACAUAAAGAAGGAACGAUGGCUCAGGACCAGGACCAGGCUGUAGCUAGCCCGUUGCUUCCCUCGUGGAUGCUUCCGCCCAUCAGUGAUUGAAAGUGCUCGAGCGCUAUCUUCACAUGUAUACUGUAUAAAUUGAAAGGCGCAUAUACAUAUAUACACGCACGCGCACACAUUCCUCUGGAGCAACAUUUAAUAUGAUGGAAAGGAGAUUAUUUAUAUAAUAUAUGCACGUAAAUGUGAAGACGUGAUAAGUUUGAGUGAGUGGUUUGGAUAGUAGUGAAAUAUAUGACCAGGUUUUUAGAGGAUUCGGGUUGGAUUCCAACCAAAUAUAUUCAUCACCGUUUCAAGGAUUCA